CUGAUAUGGCCGAUCCGAUCCAUUGUAUCAUGCGACCACCCUCCCUCCUCCCCAACCAGAUCGACCAUUAUAUCCGUCUCUCCCUCCAACCUCCUCGCUAGACCAGAGCCUUCCGUCGUGUCAGUGUGCCACCCAAACUCACCAUGGCUUCUGACUUCAAGGCAAUCCCCUUGAUCGACAUUAGCCCACUUGUUGAAAAGAUCGAUGAUCCAAAUAUGGCCAAUGACAAGGAUUUGCUGCAAGUUGUCCGAUUGUUGGACGAUGCAUGUAGGGAGGCUGGAUUCUUUUAUGUGAAAGGCCAUGGGAUUGCUGAGUCGCUAAUGAAGGAAGUUAGGGACGUCACACACAAGUUCUUCCAACUUCCUUAUGAAGAAAAACUAAAGAUUAAAAUGACACCUCAGAAUGGAUAUAGAGGAUACCAAAGACUGGGCGAAAAUAUUACCAACGGUAAACCUGACAUGCAGGAAGCAAUUGAUUAUUAUGCGCCUAUUGAACCUGGUAAAUAUGGAGAUCUUGCCAAACCAAUGGAAGGAACUAAUUUGUGGCCAAAAUAUCCAUCAAAUUUUGAUGCACUACUAAAAAACUAUAUCAGCCUUCUAAGAGAUCUUUCCAGAAAGAUCAUGCAAGGUAUAGCCUUGGCAUUGGGUGGGCCAGUUGAUGCUUUUGAAGGUAGAACCGCAGGAGAUCCUUUUUGGGUUUGCAGGUUGAUUGGUUAUCCUGUAUCAACCGAUAUUCUAGAAGAGCAUCGCACUGACACUGGCUGUGGAGCUCACACAGACUAUGGCCUUCUGACAUUGGUUAACCAAGAUGAUGACAUAUGUGCCCUUGAGGUCAAAAACCAAUCAGGUGAGUGGAUUUAUGCCAAACCAAUCCCGGGAACCUUCGUCUGCAACAUUGGUGACAUGCUGAAGGUUUGGUCAAAUGGAAUAUAUCAACCAACACUUCAUCGAGUUGUUAACAAUUCCCCUCGUUACCGUGUAUCUGUUGCCUUUUUCUAUGAGUCAAACUUCGAUGCUGCCAUAGAGCCUGUUGAGUUCUGCCGGGAGAGAACAGGUGGUGUCGCCAAGUAUGAAAAGGUUGUAUACGGGGAGCAUUUAAUUAAAAAAGUCUUGAAUAAUUUCAUCAAAUAAAUUUGCGGAACAGAAAAAACAAACGUGUAUGCACUCCAAGAUCAUAUCACAUCAUUUAUCAAUAAUACUGUUUGUGAAAUUUUAUUGUAGCACUUGUUGCAUUUCUAUAAUUUGCUACAUUUUAGGGGCUAUCUUAACACUAAAGAUAGAGUUCCUUUAUGGUUCACCGUACUAUGCUAUAGUAGUGGGUUGUACUAGUGAUCCAACGAUUCGUUGGCAUAAUAAGCCUGGCCUAAGGUCAUGCCUGUAA